AUGAGCGGCCCCCAAUACACAGAUCGGGCCAACAAGGCCUUGCUGGAUUCCGCCAGCCUAUGCAAUCAAUAUGCACACUCACAGAUCCUCCCUCUACACCUCGCGGUUGCCAUGCUCAACCCCGCACCAGACGAGUCUGAAGAUCAACAGACUCCGUCCGGUGCCCAUUCCUCUCACGAUGCUUCAACUGCACCACUCUUCCGCCAAGUGGUCGAACGGGCCCACGGCGAUCCCCAACUUCUCGACCGAUCCCUCAUGAAGCUACUCGUCCGUCUACCUAGUCAAGACCCUCCUCCUGAGAACCCCAGUGUCUCUCCUCAACUCGCCAAAGUCAUGCGAUCCGCCGCCGACCUAUCCAAGACCCAGAAGGACAGCUUCGUUGCUAUCGAUCACCUCAUUCAAUCAGUGUGUCAGGACUCACAGGUUCAGCGCGCUUUGGGCGAUGCCAAUAUCCCCAACCUCAAGUUGAUCGACACAGCUAUCCAGCAAAUUCGUGGUACACGGCGGGUGGACUCCAAGACCGCCGAUGCGGAAACCGAGAAUGAGAACCUGAAGAAGUUCACCAUCGACAUGACUUCCUUGGCUCGCGAGGGCAAGAUCGACCCAGUCAUUGGCCGGGAGGAGGAAAUCCGCCGCGUCAUUCGUAUUCUCAGUCGACGCACAAAGAACAACCCUGUGCUCAUUGGCGAACCCGGUGUGGGUAAGACCACCAUUGUCGAAGGUCUUGCUCGUCGCAUUGUCAACGCCGAUAUUCCCGCCAACCUGGCUCAAUGCCGCCUGCUUUCUCUCGAUGUCGGUUCUCUUGUUGCAGGCAGCAAGUACCGCGGUGAAUUCGAAGAACGUAUGAAGGGUGUCCUCAAGGAAAUCGAGGAAUCCAAGGAGACCAUUGUUCUCUUCGUCGAUGAGAUCCACCUGUUGAUGGGCGCUGGAUCCAGCGGCGAAGGCGGCAUGGACGCUGCCAACCUUCUCAAGCCCAUGCUGGCUCGUGGUCAGCUCCACUGUAUCGGUGCUACCACUCUCGGUGAAUACCGCAAGUACAUUGAGAAAGAUCAGGCCUUCGAGCGACGGUUCCAGCAGGUCCUCGUCAAGGAGCCUUCCGUUCCAGAGACCAUCUCCAUCCUUCGUGGUCUCAAGGAAAAGUACGAAGUUCACCACGGUGUUAACAUCCUAGACGGUGCUAUCGUCACUGCCGCCACUCUUGCGUCCCGCUAUUUGACAGCUCGUCGACUCCCCGAUUCUGCUGUUGAUCUGAUCGAUGAGGCUGCUGCUGCAGUCCGGGUCACCCGCGAGUCCGAGCCCGAAGCCCUUGAUACCCUGGAGAGAAAGGCCCGCCAGCUUCAAAUCGAAAUUCACGCCCUGGAGCGUGAAAAGGACGACGCAUCCAAGGCUCGUCUCGAGGCUGCCAAGCAGGAGGCUGCCAAUGUCAGCGAGGAGCUCCGCCCAAUGCGCGAGAAGUAUGAAAGCGAGAAACUGCGCAGCCGCGAAGUGCAGGAUGCCAAGAUCAAGCUUGACUCCCUCAAGGUCAAGCGUGAUGAAGCCGAGCGUAUGGGUGACACUCAAACAGCUGCCGAUCUCGAAUACUAUGCCAUCCCAGAGACCAAACAACUCAUUGAACGUCUUGAAUCCGAUCGUGCCAAGGCCGAUGCCGAACGUCGCUCUCAAUCCGGCGAUGGCGGCGAGGCACUUCUUGCCGAUGCAGUCGGCCCGGAUCAGAUCAACGAGAUCGUUGCUCGGUGGACCGGUAUUCCUGUGACUAGGCUCAAGACUACUGAAAAGGACAAACUGCUCAACAUGGAGAAGUCCCUUGGCAAGCUGGUCAUUGGCCAGAAGGAAGCUGUUGUCUCUGUUUCCAAUGCCAUUCGCCUGCAGCGCUCGGGUCUCAGCAACCCCAACGCACCUCCCAGCUUCUUGUUCUGUGGUCCCUCCGGUACUGGUAAAACCUUGCUCACAAAGGCGCUUGCCGAAUUCCUCUUCGAUGAUCCAAAGGCUAUGAUUCGGUUCGACAUGUCCGAGUACCAAGAGCGACACUCGCUGAGCCGUAUGAUUGGUGCACCCCCUGGAUAUGUCGGUCACGACGCUGGUGGCCAACUCACCGAAAGCCUGCGCCGCCGUCCAUUCUCGAUCCUGCUGUUCGAUGAGGUCGAGAAGGCCGCAAAGGAGGUCCUCACUGUCCUCCUGCAGCUCAUGGACGAUGGCCGUAUCACCGACGGUCAAGGUCGCAUCGUCGAUGCAAAGAACUGCAUCGUUGUCAUGACCUCCAACUUGGGCGCCGAGUUCCUCGCCCGUCCGACCACCAAGGACGGCAGCAUCGAUCCACAGACCCGGGAGUUGGUCAUGGGCGCCCUGCGCAACUACUUCCUGCCCGAGUUCCUCAACCGAAUCUCCAGCACUGUCAUCUUCAACCGUCUCACCAAGCGCGAGAUCCGCAAGAUCGUGGACCUCCGACUCACCGAGAUCCAGAAGCGCCUCGAGCACAACGGUCGCAACGUCCUCAUCCAGUGCACAGAGGAAGUCAAGGAUUACCUCGGUGCCUCCGGUUACUCUCCAGCCUACGGUGCCCGUCCUCUUGGCCGAAUCAUCGAGCGCGAGGUCCUCAACCGUCUCGCCGUUCUCAUUCUGCGUGGCAGCAUUCAAGAUGGCGAGAUCGCCCGUGUCGUCAUGCACGACGGGCGCAUCGAAGUCUUGCCUAAUCACGAGGGCAGCGAGAUCAGUGAGAGUGACGAUGAGAUGAUGGACGAGGAUGAUAGCGAUGCGGAGAUGAGUGAUACCGUCAGCCCUGAUCUUUAUGACUAG